AAUUCUUUUAUUUUUCUUACUUUGAAAAUAUUUAAAACUCAAAAUAUGAGUAAUAAAUAAUGGUGGGGGCCUAACCAACCAGACCACAAUAAAAGCUCCUUUCCUUUAUAUCAAGAAUGUAUGUGUGGAAAAUGGCUUAAUUGCACUUUACCAACUUCAUUUCUUCAUCCCUUCAAAAAAGAAAAAAAAAAACUUAUAUUUUCUUCAUUUCUUGACUCAAAACACACACACACACAGUCACCGGGCCUUCAACACCCCCCGCCGUCCCUUUGUCUGCUUCUACUUUAUUUCUUCUUGCAUCAACUCACUGAAAAAGGACAAAACUUUGACCUUCCGGUAGUUUUGUACCUUUGUCUUGGACUCUUGUGCAGUUCUUGAGUAGAAUAUUCUGAUUGUUUAGGAGAAAAGGGGAAAAGGGUUUUUCUUUGGGACUUGUAUUUUUUUGUUUCCCUCUUAUCGAUUUGGUUGUUUUAGCUGAACCCAUUUGGGUAGAGUUGAUUUUCAGGUGGGAAGGGGUAAAGUUGGAAUCUUGACACAUAGUUGACGCUGCAGUGCGUGUGAUUUGGGGGUUGAGGGAAAAGGGUGAGGAGCAGCUGCUGUGGUGAAGGGGUUUUUCUUUGGGACUUGUGUGUUUUCCUGCAUUUUUCCCCUCUUCUUGAAUUUGGGUGUUUUAGAUGAGCCCAUUUGGGUAAAGUUGAUUUUCAGGUGGGAAGGGGUAAAAUUGGAAUCUUGACACAUAGUUGACGCUGGAGUGCGUGUGAUUUGGGGGUUGGGGGGAAAAGGUGAGAGCAGCUGCUGUGGUGAAGUGAGAAAGUGAUGGUGAGAAAACAUGGGUGGCAGCUGCCUGCACACACCUUUCAGGUUGUUGCUAUUACAGUGUUUUGCUUGUUAGUGGUGGCAUUUUAUGCUUUCUUUGCUCCGUUCCUUGGAGGCCGAAUAUGGGAGUACGUCCUGAUGGGUGUCUAUUCCCCAGUGGCAAUAUUGGUUUUCAUUCUUUAUGUUCGAUCUACUGCAAUAAACCCGGCAGACCCCGGUAUUAUGUAUAAAUUCGACCCUGAGCUAAUGAAUGAGGCAAGGGAGAAACAUGAAUCAAUUGCGCAUGACUUGAGCAGAAAGUUUGAUGAAGGUAGUAAUGGAACUCACUCAUGCGCAUCUUCGCCCUCAAGAAGUUCCUUUGCCGGAGCUAACUCUAGCAAGAAAGGUUCAGUCGAGUCUGUGAAAUCCAAUGUCCAAGUUGUACCUCCGAGGAGGAGUUCCUUCUGCCAUUUUUUUGGUGGAUUUCUUUGCGCAAUUUUUGUUCUUGAAGAUUGUCGGAAACAAGACGAAGCAGCUGAGCAGGAAGGCACUGGUGAAGAUGCUUUGUUUUGCACGCUGUGCAACGCUGAGGUUCGGAAAUUCAGCAAGCAUUGUCGAAGUUGUGACAAGUGCGUGGAUGGAUUCGAUCAUCAUUGCCGGUGGCUCAACAACUGCGUAGGGAGGAAGAACUAUGUCACGUUUAUCUCACUUAUGGGCAUCAGUUUAGUUUGGCUUAUUGUCGAAGCUGGAGUGGGCAUUGGCGUUCUAGUUCGUUGCUUCACCAAUAAGCAUUAUAUGGAGGCUCAAAUAGUUGAUAGGCUAGGAAAUGGUUUCUCUCGUGCCCCAUUUGCAACUGUCGUGGCUAUAUGUUCGGCAGUGUCCUUGCUGGCUUGUGUACCCUUGGGGGAACUUUUCUUUUUCCACAUGAUCCUCAUUAGAAAGGGCAUUACGACGUACGAAUAUGUCGUGGCAAUGAGGGCCAUGAGCGAAGCGCCUGCAGGAGCAUCAGUCGACGAGGAACUCCCAAACAUUUUAUACUCUCCAUCAGGAUCUGCAACGACCGGUUUCAGCGGUGGAAGCUCCUUGGGGCUGCAAUAUAAGGGAGCAUGGUGCACCCCUCCUCGGGUUUUCGUUGACUAUCAGGAAGAAGUUGCACCGCAGUUAGGACCCGGUAUGAUUCCGUCUACGGUUGAUCCGGAUGCUAACGGAUCGGGUGAGAAGGGAAACAAGGGGCCGAAAAAGGGUGUUCGGAUCAGUGCGUGGAAGCUUGCUAAACUAGACUCGAGCGAGGCAAUGAGAGCGGCUGCAAAAGCAAGGGCGUCGUCUUCUGUACUACGUCCUGUUGAUGGUCGUCGUUUACCCGAUUCCGAAAUAAGUUCCAGCGAGAACGGCAGCAUCAGAAGCAGUAUGAGCACCGACACCGGAGGAAACAAAGAUGCCAGGAACGAUCUCAGGCUGUCGCCUCUGAGGCACUCGUUCGCCCCGAGUCAAGGCAGUCGGGACGAGUAUGAAACCGGAACUCAAAGCAUGAGCAGUUUCAGCAGUCCGGGCCAUGUGCACGAGUCCGUCUCGUUAAGCCCUCUUCCUCAAGCUCGCAGCCUGAACCCUCUCGUCUCAGACCAGUCGUUGAUCUCUAAGUCGGCGGCUGCUGCUGCUCCGGCUAGAAACAACUCGGUCUUCCCCAACUCCUCCGGCUUCGAUGAAAAGAUUAUGCAGAGGCAUAGCGGUUCAGACACGCUCCUGCUCUCUGCUCCCGCUGCUCCGGCAGCUCCCUUCAUUCGAGAUGUUAAAAGAACCUCCGUAGUUUGGGAUCAAGAAGCCGGGAGGUACAUCUCCGUUCCGUUGUCAGCAGCAGAAGCCCGAAAGAGACCAUCUUUACCGUCUGCGCUACCAAACGCUACUGCAGCGACGAGCAAUCAAGAUAAACGCCCUGUUGCCCCCCCUCGAGAGCCUCCACCGGCCCUAGCUAAGCCGCCUGCAGCCCACCAGUCGGAUAAGCUGAUGUACACUGGAGAAUCCAUCUUCUUCGGCGGCCCACUUCUCAGCGCUCCGAUCAGAGACGGGUUGAGAGGCGAAGGGGGCUCGAGCUCGAGAGACGGACAGGAUAAGCUGCCCAUCAAUCUGCCUCGAGAUUCAAGAUUCAAGAGGGAUGCUGUCUCAAACCAGCUUCCCAUCUUCAUUCCUGGGGAUUUUGAGCUCAACCCUCCGUCGGGAUCGAGUUUCAAGUAGCUCGUUCGGAGAAACCCUAGCGCUGUCUUUCCCACAUAUGCCGCGGUGAAGUUGGAGACGAGCUGCAGACUAGAAGAAACCCCUCGACGGGGAGCCGUAUUUGUGCCCCCACCGGAACCUCUCCCUCACACGAAAGCCACCCGGUGGCGAGGUUCCAGCGGUUUCUUCUCACCGGAGACUCUUACCGGUGAAAACCGACUAGCUUAAGAUCUCUCUCUCACUCUCUCUCUCUCCGGCUUUGGUUAUUUACCAUUUUUGUUGCUUCCAUGUAUCAAUGCACUCAACCGAGACCCGUCCGCGGCCGUUCCGGUUGCGUCGGCUCGUUCGGCUUUCCGGGCGGCCGCAUCGAAGGUUUGCAUUCAUUCCUAGCUGUUGAUGCUUUA